AUGAUAGACAUAAAAAAGAUUAUUAUGUCAUUAGUUGUUGCAUUUAUACUUACCUUUACUAAUGCUGAAGAAGAGUUAGAAGAAGAAAAAGAUAACUGUGCUGAACAAAAUGAUGAAAUAAGUGAUGAACCAUUAAGUGAAGAUGUAACUGAAGAAGAGUUAGAAGAGGAAGAAGAGAAUGAAACAAGUUAUGAGAGUGUUACUAUUAAUGAGUAUGACUUGAUUGAUAAUAGAAGUUCAUUUGAUGAUAAUGACAUAAUCCUCAUUCAACACUUUAAUGAAUUAGAGUCUAAUGGGGAAUAUCAUCUCUUUUCAUUAUCUCAUUAUUGUAAAGAUAAUUUAAUGUUAAAUGAAAGUUCUAUUCAAUACCAUCAUUUAUUUAAACAAUUAACAAUAUGUAGAACCUUAUUAUUUAAUCCAUUUGAUUCUGUGUAG